UGGCGAGUAAAUAUAUUUUUGUAGCUCAUUUUAAUGUGGACUAUUAAUUUUUGAAUAUUUAUUUAAAUUUAAAAAUAAAUAAAAUACUAAAGUGAAGUAAUAAAUAUUUAAAUUGUUAUUUAAAAUAUAAAGAAAUAAUUUUUACUUAUUUUUUUAAAGGUUAAGCAAAAUAUAUAACCUAUUUUAAUGAAAUUCUAGAUAAUUAAUGAAUAAUUCUGUGUAAUAAAUAUUAUCGAUUAGUGCAAUUGUUGAUUUUUAACUGAAGAUUUAAAAAAAAUUAAAAUGGCUAAUUCAGACACUAUCCAAGUGAGUUCAUUACCUUUGCCACCACUCCAGUAUAUUAAUUUGUAUACUGAUGAAAAUGUACGGCGAGGAAGAGCACCCAGACCUCCACCACCGAUUCAUGACAGCUAUUCAAUGUUUGGAAAUGGUUUCACUGCUGAUGAUACCAUUAUCCGACCUCUGGAGGCUCAGGGUAUAAAAAGACUUUACCCCCAGCACUUUGAUCGACGUCGUGAAUUGAAAAAAUUAAAUCAUUCACUCCUAGUUAAUUUUUUGGACCUGAUUGAUCUGUUAGUGCAAUGUCCCGACAGUCCUAGAAGAGCCGAAAAGGUAGAGGAUUUGAGUCUCCUUUUUAUUCACAUCCAUCAUUUGCUAAACGAAUUUCGUCCGCAUCAAGCCAGAGAAACAUUGCGAGUGAUGAUGGAACUGCAGAAGAGACAACGAAUAGAAACAGCACUGAGAUUCCAAAAACAUCUGGAAAAAGUGCAAGAAAUUCUACAGCACGCGUUGCAAAUGCUACCGGACACAUCUGAGUUGGACUGCAAAUUAUCAAUAAACACUGAGACAAUGGAGUGCAGCGACAACUUGAAUUCCGAGCAACAAAAUCCAGACCCUUGCAGUCCCAAUGACAGAAUCAUGUGCAAAAUGAUUGAUGACAUGAUGACAUCAAAUAUUUUUUAAUAUUAUUUAUUUAAUAUUUCAUUAUUAUUAUUAAUUUACUCAUUAAGUUUGUAAGUAAAUUUAUCUUACUUGACUUAAAUUAUGAUAAAUGUAUAUAUUGUUCUCUCUACAAUUUUUUAUAUUAAAAAAAUUGAUUGAAAAAA